AUGCCGCCACGCUUGCUAUUCAGCAUGGAAAAUGUCACCAGCGGUGGAGCAUCAGAUCGUGCACAGCAGCAAAUCCCUCCUGCUGCUGGAAGCCUAGCUACGCAGAGCCUCUCACAUGUAGAGCAGGCAGGAGGUUUUCAAUUCAACUGUGCUGAUGCAGCGGGCAGCAUUGCUGGGACUGGUGCCAGCGGGUCUCCUCACACCUUCCUUGUACCUCCCUCUCCUACUCAGAGCCUGCUCCCUCGUGCUCACACAAUGCCGCCACGCUUGCUAGUGAGUAAGGAAAACGUCGCCAGUGGUGGAGCGUCAGAUGGUACAGAGCAUGGGAUUCUUCCUGAUGCUGGUAGCAGAUUGUUACUCCCCAUGCACUGCUUCUCACAAGCAGAGCAACCAGGGGGUUAUCAAUUCAACAGUGGUGUUGCAGCGGGCAGCAGUGCUGGGACUGGUGCGUGGGCUGGUGCUGAGAGUGGUGCUGGUGGUGCUGGGAGUGGUGCUGGUGGUAUUGGGAGUGGUGCUGGUGGUAUUGGGAGUGGUGCUGGUGGUAUUGGGAGUGGUGCUGGUGGUGCUUGGAGUGGUGCUGGUGGUAUUGGGAGUGGUGCUGGUGGUAUUGGGAGUGGUGCUGGAGGUGCUGGGAGUGGUGCUGGUGGUAUUGGGAGUGGUGCUGGUGGUAUUGGGAGUGGUGCUGGUGGUGCUGGGAGUGGUGCUGGUGGUGCUGGAAGUGGUGCUGGUGGUGCUGGGAGUGGUGCUGGUGGUAUUGGGAGUGGUGCUGGUGGUGCUGGGAGUGGUGCUGGUGGUGCUGAGACUGGUCCCAGCAGGUCUGCCCGCAACCUCCUUCCACCUCUGUCUCCAUCUCAGAGCCCUAUCCCCCACACUCACGCAAUGCCGCUGCACUUUUUAUCCACCAGCGGUGGAGCAUCAGAUUCUACACCGAACCAGAUAUUUCCUGCUGCUGGUAACAGAUUCUUACAGCCCUCACUGCGCUUCUCACAGGCAGAACAGCCAGGGGCUUCUCACCUCAAUCGUGGCGAUCCAGUGGGCAGUGGUGCUUUUGAGUCGACUCAAAAGUCACCAGGGGGGUCUCACGUCAAUCGUGGUGAUCCAGUGGGCGGUGAUGCUCGGACUGGUGCCUGGGCUGGUGCUGGGAGAGGGAACUGCAGCGGUGCUACUGGUGCUGGGAGUGGUACUGGUGGUGCUGGAAGUGGUGCUGGUGGUGUUAGGGGUGGUGCUGGUGGUGCUGGGAGUGGUGCUGGUGGUGUUAGGGGUGGUGCUGGUGGUGCUGGGAGUGAUGCUGGUGGUGCUGGGGGUUGUGGUGGUGGUACCGGUGUUGCUACGAGUGGUUCUAACUGUGCGGGAAAUGGUACUGGUGGUGCUGGGAGUGGUGCUGGUGGUGCGGGGAGUGGUGUUGGUGGUGCUGGUGGCACUGGGAGUGGUGAUGGUUCAGUCAACCGCUCUGAACCGCACACUGCUUCAGGCACAAACGGGAGCCCUGGGCCUUACACACCGGAGGAGCAACACACAGAGGAGAGGAAGCGCAAGAGGGAGCUGUCCAACUGUGCGUCCUCACGACGAGCGCGGCAGAGACAGCAGGACCGCCUGGCACAGCUUGAGAUCGACGCUGCGAAUCUGAAGCUGGACAAUGCAAGCGCGCAUCGGCGGUUGACAGAAGCUAAUGAGCAGAUACAGCAGUUCCAAGUGCAGAAGGAGGAGUCAAAGCAGGAAGUGAGGCGGCUACGACUGGAGUUGAGCAGUAUUCUGCCGUCGGAUUGGAGGAUUCGUGAGGAUGGGAGCGUGGAGGAGGGUGAAGCACGCGCUCUGAGCGAGCAAGAUGCUGCUCGGUGCCAAGGUGUUGGUAGUCGUGGGGCUUCCUCUGACCCAUUACCAUCCAGGGGAGUAGCGGACUCUCAUUCUCCUGCAUCAACUCCAGGUGCUCUUCCAGAUCACUUGUUUAUCCAGCCUGAGCUCGCUCCUGGAACUUCUGCAUUUAAUUCUGGUGUAUUUGAUGAUACGUGUAUGUAG